AUGUUUUACAAAAGAUGCAGUAACAACCUCUUACUUGUCUAUCUGGCGACACUGAGUACGGCAAUCCCCUACCCAGGCUUCCCAAGCGGCUCUACGUCUCGAACACCCGGAGCAGAGCACCAGCAUCGACCCUCAACCAACUCCACCACUUCCUCCAAGUCAAUCCCGAUCAACCCUUUCAGCACGCCCGAUGUGUUGGCGGGCAAGACAUUUGACUAUGUCAUCGUAGGGUAAGCACAACAUCUUCUGAUUGAUACAUCAUGCUCUCCGUGCGGGGCAAAACAAAGGCCUCCCGCCGUCGCAACCGUCAACUGAUGUCCUGACCCUCUCUACCUCCUAUACCACACCGGGUCAUCCUUUUCUUACCCUUGCCUCGGUUCUCUUUCUCGGCUCCCCCGGUUUCUGGCCCCAGAGGAGGGACGACGGGUCUGGUCCUAGCUUCACAUUUAUCGAAAGAUGCUUCAAAACGAGUCGCGGUGAUCGAGGCGGGCAAAGAUGGUGGUGAAGUGAUGCAUGAUCAUAUCUUGCCUCCUGGUUAGUUGUUCCCACGCCGACCCAAGCUUGGAACAUUUCUCUCGUUUUCACUUGCGCCGUUGGACCUCUCUGAUGGGCGUAACGCUACUCUCUCGUCUGGGUUAAACAGCUCGAGCAUACCUCAAUACCCUUUCGACACCAACUUCGGACUACGAUUGGCACUACCAAACGACGCCUCAGCGCGGGCUCGACGGUCGACAAGUUUUCUUGCCGAGGUGGGUGCGAUCGAUCGGGACGAGCUCGGAUGAGUAUCCCUUUUACUCAUGUAGUCAUGCUCGUAUAUCGCAGAGGUAAAGUCCUAGGCGGAUCGAGUGCGGUCAAUCACCUCUACAUGGUGCAACAGAGCAAGAUCGAGCAAGACGCCUGGGCCGAUCAGGUUGGAACCGAAGAUUGGUCAUGGAAUACGCUCUACCCUUACCUGAAGAGUAGGUGAUGUAACCCACACACGUGGGCCUCUUUUAGUCACGUGGGGACUGAUUUGGAGCGCUGGAAUGUCUUCUACAGAGACUGAGAACUAUUCGGCACCUUUGCACAUCGACGAAACAAAGAUGGUCGUGGAUGAAAAUGUGCAUGGUAAGGGAGGGCCGAUUCAUUACUCCUACCCAGGUUACAACUACCCUUCUUUGGAUACUUGGAUCGACACCCUCGGACAUCUGGGCAUCGAAUCACGCGAUCCGGGAGGUGGAAAUAGGUGAGCGAGCCUGUGGAUUGUGUCCUCCUAAGAGAAGGAGGAUAGUUGACCUACUGUGCUGUGCUACUUCUCACCCACCAGCUAUGGAGCCUUCAUCGCCCCCUCCUCCAUCAACCCGGAUGGUUGGGAACGUUCCUAUGCCAAGAAUGGCUACCUCGACCCCGUUGCCGAUCGUCCUCAUCUCGUCGUACUCACGGGUCAUCAAGUGACCAAGAUCAAUUUCAAUGGUACGACUGCCACCAGUGUCUCCUUCGCUUCUGGGGCAAACAGAACGGUCUACACCGUCUCGGCGACGAAGGAGAUCAUCCUAUGUGCCGGAGCGAUCGGAACACCUCAACUGCUACUCGUCUCCGGCGUCGGGCCUAGGUCUCAAUUAGAAGCGCUCCAAAUUCCGAUCGUGAUGAAUUUGCCCGGCGUCGGAAAACAUCUUCGUGAUCAUCUCUCGGGAAGUCUGACUUUCGACGUUACCGGUCGAGUUGACGUGACUGCGGAGCUGCUCGAGAGGAACGCGACGUUCGCUGCGCAGCAGAUGACAAUGUGGCAAUUGUGGGAUCCUAGCUCGCUAUACAAUGCCCCGGACAAUGCUCUCGCUUACUUGAACCUCACAGUAAGUUGACCGAUCAUCGUGAGCUCACCGCUCGAAUUAAAGCUCACAGGUUCCGGCCAUCGCAGACCCUGCUCGGACCCGACAAUGCGGAAGCGUUCCUCUCGCAACUCAGAGAAUACAAACCGAUCGCCGUCGCUGGUUACUCUAAUGAUGAAUCUGUUCAAAAAGGGUACGAUGCGGUCUAUGAUUCUGAGGUGAAUACCAUCUAUCCUUCGGUCAUCGGUCAGGCAGAACUUGCGUUGAGGUGAGUAGUCCCAUCACAACGUUCUUGAACGAGGUCUUCGUACUGAAAACUCCGAUUCGGUUUGCGCAGAAACACCGGAUCUGGCAAGUAACACAAGCGUAUGCGAAUCCCAACGAGAAAUCACUGACUUGAGCUCAUAACCGUGCCAGGCGGUAUCUACGGCAAUUCCACCCUAACCCUCUCCCUCCAAGCCUCCUUACAACACCCCCUAUCCCGCGGAUCGAUCACCAUCAAUUCGACCUCGACCUUCUCACCCCCCGUCAUUGAUCCCGGUUACCUCACUCACCCAGGGGACAUCCAAGUCUUCCGAGAAGCGUUCAAGUUCGCUCGUAAGGUUUCUCAGACCCCUCCGUUGUCGACUCUGGUGGUGACGGAAAUUACACCUGGUACGGGGAGCGUUUCGAGUGAUGAGGAGUGGGAGGAUUGGAUCCGUGAGUACUUGUUUGGACUGAUCACCUCCCAUGAUGAUCAUACUUUAACGUAUCUCUCAACUCUCCAGGCAAUUCCACUACCACCUCCCACCACCCCACCUCCACCUGUUCCAUGCUCCCCCUCUCCCUCGGAGGUGUAGUCGACCUCUCUCUCCGAGUCUACAACCUCAUCGGGCUGCGCAUCGUAGACGCCUCGGUUAUACCCAUAUCGAUGUCCGCUCACCCUACGGCACCCUUGUACGGUCUUGCGGAAAGGGCGAGUGAGUUGAUUCUCAAUACGGCUUGGGUCACCGUUGGAUCGGAAGCUGCAUCGACGAGGAGUAAAAGUUCGGGCACAAAGCCCUCGUCGACAAUGAAUAAGGGGAAGGGGUCCAACUUCUCAGGAGGUAAUUCUCUCAAGGUUGUUGGACUUCAUCGACUGUUCUACACUCUCGUGGCGUUCGUGAUAGCUUUAAUCGUGUGA